GGCCCAAGGAUGUCCCCAGGGUGGGAUGCUGGGCCAGGAGGGUGUCCCCAAGAUGGGAUCCAGAGCCGCUGGCCCUGACUCAGCUCUGCCUCAGCAUCACGUGCAGCCGCCAUGGAGCCGCCGCUGCGUUUCCCCCCUUCCCAUCGCCUCCUUCCCUCCAACCCCAUCCAGGCUGAAGCGCCUGCCAAGAUUUUCCAGCUGCUUCUUCUCCACUUCCUCAAUCCAGCGGCAAUAAAAGCGCAGAGCGCCCGCAUCCCCGUCCCAGGGCGCCCCGUUCGCCGCCGCCGUCGCCCCGCAGGAUGCUGGGGAUUUGGUGGCCCACCCUGCUGGUCCUGCUGGUCCCCGCGGCCAUGGCCCAGCUGCGCCCCGCGAGGGAAUUGGAUGCCCAAUGGGAGCUGUGGAAGAAAACCCAUCGGAAGCAGUACAACGGCGAGACGGAUGAGGUGACGCGGAGGCUGAUCUGGGAGAAGAACCUCAAGUACAUCAACACCCACAACCUGGAGCACGCGUUGGGCGUCCACACCUUCGAGUUGGCCAUGAACCACCUGGGUGACAUGACCAGCGAGGAGGUGGUGAGGACAAUGACGGGCCUGAAGGUGCCCCACAACCGCCCGCGUCGCAACGAGACGCUCUACAUCCCCGACUGGACCGAGAGAGCUCCGUCUGCCGUGGACUGGAGGAGGAAGGGCUACGUGACGCCGGUCAAGAACCAGGGGCAGUGCGGCUCCUGUUGGGCUUUCAGCUCCGUGGGUGCCCUGGAGGGGCAACUGAAGAGGAAGACGGGGAAGCUCCUCUCCCUCAGCCCCCAAAACCUGGUGGACUGCGUGGCCAACAACGACGGCUGCGGCGGGGGCUACAUGACCAACGCCUUCGCCUACGUCCACCAGAACCACGGCAUCGACUCCGAGGACGCCUACCCCUACAUCGGGCAGGAUGAGAGCUGCAUGUACAGCCCCAGCGGGAAGGCGGCCAAAUGCCGCGGCUACCGGGAAAUUCCCGAAGGCAACGAGAAGGCGUUGAAGAGGGCAGUAGCCAGGAUCGGCCCCGUCUCCGUAGGCAUCGACGCCAGCUUGCCUUCCUUCCAGUUCUACAGCCGGGGUGUGUACUACGACGAGAGCUGCAACGCCGAGAACAUCAACCACGCCGUGCUGGCGGUGGGCUACGGCGCGCAGAGGGGCACCAAGCACUGGAUCAUCAAGAACAGUUGGGGCGAGGAGUGGGGCAAUAAGGGCUACGUCCUCCUGGCGCGCAACGCCAACAACGCCUGCGGCAUCGCCAACCUCGCCAGCUUCCCCAAGAUGUGAGCGCUCCCGCGCCGCGGGCGCUCCCUCCUUCCCCCUCUGCUCCGGCUCAGCCUUUCCGCUCCCCAUCGCCAAAGCUGACGGCGCUCCAGGUGGGAUCGCUGCGUCUCCAGGAGGAAUCGCCUCCCCCCCCAGGAGAAAGGGGAUGGGGGUGAUGAGAUCCCGUUGUGCGUUCCUGGACUCCUUUGCCGCCGGCGCCGCGCUCUGCCUUCCCGGCUCCAGAGGGUCGGAUCCAUCCGGAGACGCUUGUGCAAGGAGGAUCCGAUCCUUCUGUAGACCGUUGUGCAAGGAGGAUCGGAUCCAUCCGGAGAUGCUUGUGCAAGGAGGAUCCGAUCCAUCUGUAGACGCUUGUGCAAGGAGGAUUGGAUCCAUCUGGAGAUGCUUGUGCAAGGAGGAUCCGAUCCAUCUGUAGAUGCUUGUGCAAGGAGGAUCGGAUCCAUCUGGAGAUGCUUGUGCAAGGAGGAUCCGAUCCAUCCAGAGAUGCUUGUGCAAGGAGGAUCGGAUCCAUCCGGAGAUGCUUGUGCAAGGAGGAUCCGAUCCAUCCAUAGACCCUUGUGCAAGGAGGAUCCGAUCCAUCCAGAGAUGCUUGUGCAAGGAGGAUCGGAUCCAUCCGGAGAUGCUUGUGCAAGGAGGAUCCGAUCCAUCUGUAGAUGCUUGUGCAAGGAGGAUCCGAUCCAUCUGUAGACCCUUGUGCAAGGAGGAUCUGAUCCAUCUGUAGAUGCUUGUGCAAGGAGGAUCCGAUCCAUCUGUAGAUGCUUGUGCAAGGAGGAUCCGAUCCAUCUGUAGAUGCUUGUGUAAGGAGGAUCCGAUCCAUACGGAGAUGGUUGUGCAAGGAGGAUCGGAUCCAUCUGUAGAUGAUUGUGCAAGGAGGAUCGGAUCCAUCCAUAGACGCUUGUGCAAGGAGGACCCGAUCCAUCCGGAGACGCUUGUGCAAGGAGGACCCGAUCCAUCCGGAGACGCUUGUGCAAGGAGGAUCCGAUCCAUC